GCGUGCUACUUCUGGAGUACAUAUCUUUCAAUAUUCGCAGGCGCGUGUGGCCCAGAAAUGCGUCAGCUAAGCUGACUUUCCUAAUCCGACUUCGGAAUGAAAACAUUUGUCUGAAAAAUCAACCCUAUCUAACAAAACUCAUUUCAUCUCGAUUUAUCUCUUAUACAAUUUUCCGGCGAUGUCCACGGCAAGAGUCGCCGCCGAUGAUAACACUUCUAACGCCGACGUUAGCCCCAGCAACGGCGGUGGCGGAGUUGAUACGUCACCGCUUCUCACCAAUUCCCGUAGCCAGCGUUCGUUCCAUCGCCGUCCGAGCCUCCGAGGAGCUGCCGGCUUUCUACGGCGCGCAAGCAGCCGCCGGUUAAUGCGCGAGCCAUCGAUGCGAGUUCGCGAAGCUGCCGCUGAGCAAAUCGAGGAGCGACAAAGCGACUGGGCGUACUCAAAACCUAUAGUGAUAUUAGAUCUCGUAUGGAACUUAGCUUUUGUUAUUGUAGCUAUCUCUGUUCUUAUAAUGAGCAAAAAUGAGUCUCCUUCUAUGCCUUUAAGGCUUUGGAUUAUCGGAUACGCUUUACAGUCUGUGCUUCACAUGGUUUGUGUGUUCGUCGAAUAUAGACGCCGAUGUCAGCGACGGAAUUCCUCAAGCAGCAGUGGAAAUUGGAAUAAUAGAGAAGUUUCGAACUUGAGUUCGGAAAGUGAUGGAGGAGAGUCGGGUGAUUAUUUACUGGAGAGGCGUCAAAACGAGGACGAAACUAGUGUUGCCAAGCAUCUGGAGUCCGCAAACACCAUGUUUUCUUUCAUUUGGUGGAUAAUUGGGUUCUAUUGGGUAUCUGCUGGUGGCCAAACUAUGACCCGUGAUGCACCUCAACUUUACUGGCUUUGUAUCACGUUUCUGGCGUUUGAUGUGUUCUUUGUUGUUAUAUGUGUUGCUGUGGCUUGUGUCAUCGGAAUUGCUGUUUGCUGCUGUCUCCCAUGUAUCAUCGCAAUCUUAUAUGCAGUGGCAGAUCAGGAGGGAGCAACUAAGGAAGAUGUUGAAAGACUGACCAAAUACAAGUUCCGGAGACUUGGUAACUUUGAGAAAGAGAAUGGCGAGAUUCAAGAAUCAUUUGGAGGAGUAAUGGUUGAAUGCGACACUGAUACACCUACUGAGCAUGUUCUCCCACCGGAAGAUGCUGAAUGUUGCAUUUGCAUUUGUUCCUAUGAAGAUGGAGCUGAGCUGCGCGAGCUCCCUUGUCGUCACCAUUUUCAUGCAGCGUGCAUAGACAAGUGGUUGUAUAUAAAUGCUACCUGUCCUCUUUGCAAGUUCAAUAUACUCAAAAAUGGAAAUCAAAGUGGCAGUGAAGAAGCAUAAGCAAGCCGACCACUUACGCGUCCCUCAAAGUAAAGAUCUUGGUGUAUUUCUAGGUGUUGGAUCUCCUCUUGGACCUGAAGUUCUUCUCCAGGUUCGACUUUCAGGCAGCCCAGCACUUGCUUCUGCUCUCAUAAUGUUAAUGUAUAGGCUGUGAGUUUUCGUGUUCCAUAUAUUAUUUCAGUAGAGGGGGCAGCAAAUUUGCUUUUACCUUAUGUUUGGUUUCUUCACAGAUAUUUCUCACAAGCAUAAGUUAUGUAAUCAAGUCAUGUUGAUGUUUAAUGCGACUCUGUUGUGUCAAAAUCAAGGGAAGAUAAAGAUCAAAAGUUACCUUAGCAACGAAAUAAACACACGACCAACAUUACUUUUUUAAA